AUGGCAUCCCAAGCGGAGGAGAAAACCAAAGUUGGUCAAGCAGAUGAUGGGCUGGGGGGAUCAGAAGGCCCAGAAGAGACGAACACCACCACCACGCGCCUGUUUGACCUCGACUCAAGCAUCCUUCUCAGCCACCUCGAGUCCACGCUCAUCCGGAAAGCCUUCCAUCUUGCCCCCUCUACCUCCUCCGCGGCGCCUCCUUCUGGCACAGGCUCUGGAGCCGAGCCCGAUUGGGGAUGGGACAUGCAUGCGCAUCUGGACCAGGAUCUGGGGCUCAGUUGGGCGGCGCGGGAUGCGAAUAAUCUGCAUGAGAAUGCGGAUGUGGAUGUGGUCACUCGGGACGGUGGACAUUUGAGUACACAUGCCCUUCUCCGCUGA